AUGGCCGACAUCGAAAAUAGCAUGAUGGAUGAGUCCUUUGCGGUCUCCGAAGCUGCGGACGAUGGAUCUGGCAUGACCGCCAGCGCGACGGUCGGUACAAGGCGGCAAGCCAACGGUACAAUUGGUUCUGUCUAUUCGGGCAACAAGAUUCGGCACCUGAAGAAAGAGGAUGGCAUACCUCUCUGGCGCAAAGAUAUCCAAUACCAAUUCCUUAAGUUGGUCUUUGAAGACAAAACGCCCGUUUUCACGCGGUGGCCUGAUGGACAAAAGGGACUGGACUUUGCGGAUGUCUAUAUCGAUGCAAUGGCCCGGAGCAGUAAGACCAGCAAGAUCCUCAAGGAUAAGCUGCAAAGCGACAAGCCUGCGGCCAUCAACAUGGCGAUGGUCUGCUUGCUGGUCAAUUUCGGUCGCAUGAACACCACUCUGAAUUUCUUCCCUGAAAUGCGCGCUCAACUACGAACCUACCACUCCAUCCCCUCACUACAAGCGCGCCAGGACUCCAACGCCUACAAGCAGCUCCAGGACGCCCCGCGCCUCAAGUCGAUUCUCAAGGGCGCUUCGGAAGAUUAUGAACAGCCGAAUACCCUGGAAAAGAUCAAGCGACUGAGUAUACCUCGCACCAACCCGGUGAACCUGAUAUUCGUUCUGGCGCAGUACGCCCCCAAAGUGUCCGAAACACAUUUCUUCCCCCCACGAGACUUCUUCGACCUUGUCAUGCGAUCUACGCUUAGUAGUCAAAGUCGCGCCAGGGCAUUCCUCUGGUUGAUGUGGUGGUAUCUAGAGAGUGAUUUCAGCCGUGAGGCUGCUCUGAACAAUCCGUUCGGCGCGGGUAUGGAGGGCGAGGGCUCUGAGGGACUACCUCUCAAAGUACCUGUCUUUGAUAUUUUAACCGAUGAACAAGCCAACGAGGAGAAUCAGGAUACGCCCGAGGAACAGGAGUAUGGGGAAUCAAAGAGACUGGAACGCAAGCGCAUUCUGGAAGAAGAGGAGCCACUACCGCGCAUUCCUAAGCGUCCUAAAAAAGAAUAUGGGUUUGACGAAGAUUCAUUCGCCGGCGACUACUCGGGUAUGGGAGGUCAUGGCUCUGCUAUGUCCACUCCUCUGCACCCCUCUGCCAAGCGAAGUCUCGAUGAUGACGAGGAUGAGCAGACUCCUGGCUAUUCACGUCCCCGCCCUAAGCAGGCCAAGCGGGAAUCUUCAAUCAAUCAAGCAAUGGGCCACCAACGCCUCAUCUUGAAAACCAGAAUGGAGCACACACCCGAUGCUUCUCCCGCGCCCCAGAGCCACCCCAACCAAGUACUAAAUCGCUUCAUUACUGAACCGUCGCUUUCCACGGCACCUGGUCGCCGACCACGACCCCUUACACAACAUCAGAUUGCCGUUGAGCAAAACCGACGACAAAGAAUCGACUAUCUACUUGCCAAGCGGAAAUCCAAUGCAUACCGUGUUCUCCGUGCGAAACGAGAGAGUGAGAUUCCUUUCGGACGCUACGGUCGCCUGCUCCAGGGUCUGCCCGAAGGGUAUGAUACAGAUGAUGAAGAAGUCUCAUGGGGAAAGGGCGGCCUCUUCCCAAACCCAGAGGAAGAAGACGACUUUGGUGAAUGCGCCAGUGUCUACCUCUCCGUAGUACGAAAAGCUGCACGCCGACUCGACCGGUGGGACUACGAGGAAGCCAACGGGCCUAAGAAAGAUCGCAAACUCGAGCGCGAAGAACGUUACCAAGCCAAAGCAGCCCUGGAAGCCAAUCUGCGCAACUCCAACAAUCGAUCCCGCCCUCGUGCUCGUCCUAAUGCCGCCAAGCGCAAGUCCACCGGUGUCACAGGGACCCCUGGCACAGGAAAGAAACCCGCAGCAUCUCGUGCGAAGAGCGCUCGCCCCGACGGCUUGGGCGCAUCAGCGGUAGGUACGCCGAGCUGGUAUCCCGAGCACGGACCCGAUGAUUACAUGGAGGGAGAGCUUGACGAUCUCGAUCGUGAACUUCUUGGCGAAGGAUCUGGUGAUGAGGAUGAUGGCGGUGCUCCUCGAGUUGACGAGGAAUUCUCCGAUGACGACGAAGACGACGAUGAUAAUUCGUCUGACGAAGGUGCCAAUGGUUACGCACGACAUGAGCCUUCGUCCCCUCCCCCACGGCCAAUUGAACCACGGGAAGGUUAUGCAGACGACGCGAUGGAAGAUUAA